AUGAACAGAGCAUGCUGGACAUGUCGCAGCCGGACUAUUCAAUGUGACCAGUCCCAAUCGCCCUGCGCCAAGUGCGAGAAGGCCGGCCUGCAGUGCUUCGACAAGCGGCCACUCAGAUGGGUGAAAGGCGCGGCAAUCCGGGGGAAGAUGCGGGGGCGUUUGUAUGGAGAUUCCAACUCUGAUGGUCUGCCGAUAUCAAACGUGAUACAAGGGACAAAGCAGAAGCGGGUAUUGGCAUCUGGGGUAAAAUGUCUGCCUGCUUUCGCCUUGCAGGACCCGCGAAUAUCGAACCUGGACCGGGCAUCGCGGUAUUACAUGGAUUAUUAUAACAACCGCAUCUGCAAAUUGUUCAUCCUCUACGACAGUGAAAGCAAUCCGUUUCGGCAUUUGCUUUCCCACGCCUUGGAUGACUCAACGCUGCAGCAAUGUAUAGUCGCUCUCGCCGCACGGCAUUUUGCCAACACGGGUCGGUUGUUUGACCAGGCUAAUGUUUCUGUAUCGCCGCGAUUCGUACAUGCGAACACGGAUGCCCUCCAUUUUAAACGCCAAACUAUAGGAGCAUUGUCAAGACAAUUGACACGUCCGGAGCUGGAAAGGAAGGACGCUACAUUGGCAACCAUUCUGCUUCUUAUCUUCCUUGACCUUCUCGAGUCGGGAAUUGACGGCUGGGAUUACCAUCUUCAAGGCGCAAAGGGUCUGGUCAAUCUUUACCAGUCUCUGGUUGCGCCACGUGCCAGUGGCCAAAGCGAAGACCCUGGGGAGACGGCUCAGGAGUUGAGACGGUUUAUCGACCGGCAGUUUUCGUUGAUUGCAACACUUGGAGCAACACUCUCCUCCCCGAAAUCGAGAUCUGAAUUUUCUCUCAGUGGUGACGGAAAUAGACAUCAAGAGUCCAUUGUUCGGAGCUUUCUCGGAUGUCCAGAGUUUAUUUUGAAAGCCAUCCAUUUCUUUUCCAAUCAGCGAGAUCUGAUUUCAGAGUCAGGAAUACAUGAAAUGAUUUCCGACGCAGACGUACGAGAUACCCUGGCCAUGCUCGAGCUUACGGAGAAUUUUGAUUGCGUUGAAUGGGCGUCAGGCUUCCAGAGAUCCAGUCCUUCUAUAGUCAAUGUCCAAAGGCUCUCUAAUUUGUCACUGGCAUACAAAACAGCCGCUUUGCUCUACGGAAGGCGGGUGCUCAAGGCUUUUAAAGCGGCUGUACCCGACAACGAGGACUUGGUUCUACAAUUACUUGCUCUUAUUGACGACCUCAAAAGUGAUACGACAUUGUUCAAAUGUCUCCUGUGGCCAACUUUCAUUGCCGGUCUCGAAUGCCAGAAAGAAUCCCAACAAACCGCCGUGCUUCAAUCAAUGAGGAUGUUGUGGGAUUUGACGAGCUGUUUGAAUAUUAUCAGUGCUUCGAAAGUCUUACAAGCCCGGUGGAAGCAGAAACCCUUAACUGGAGGUGUAUUGCAUGAUGUUUAUGGCGGUCCUGAUUUGUACCGGAUAGACCGCGACUGGCUUCUGAUUUAG